GAGAUACAAUUGGGUGGUGAGAGUAAGGUGGGUGGCUCGUUUAAGAGAGUUUUCACCUCCAUGUCACCUCCGGGAAACUUGGUCACCAAUGGCUCUGUUGAUAUUCAUGGACAUACUGCUGAUAAAUCAACUACCGGAGGAUGGAAGGCCUCACCUUUCAUUAUUGUGAAUGAGGUGGCGGAGAGGAUGGCAUUCUAUGCUAUAGCAGUGAACAUGGUGGCGUACUUAGUGAGGGAGAUGCACCAAUCUUUGCCUGAUGCGGCCACCCAUGUAAACGAUUGGGUUGGUGCGGCCUUUGUGCUCACCAUCCUUGGCGCCUUUCUUGCUGAUGCCUAUCUCGGAAGAUUCCUCACCAUUGUUAUUUUCACUCUCAUUUACUCUCUUGGAAUGAUCAUGCUAACACUCUCAGCGGCCAUCUCCAACCUCCGGCCACCACCAUGCACCGGAAAACAAUGUCCACAAGCAACAACAAAACAAACAACAUUUCUCUACAUCUCACUAGCCCUAAUUGCACUGGGCACUGGAGGCAUCAAGCCAUGUGUGUCCUCCUUCGGGGCCGACCAGUUCGAUGAAAACGACGAAAAAGAAGCUCAAAAGAAGUACUCAUUCUUCAACUGGUUCUUCUUUGCCAUCAACAUGGGAGUGCUCAUGGGAAUCACAUUGAUGGUUUACGUGGAAGUGAAGAAGGGUUGGGUUUGGGGAUUUGGUGUGCCGACGGCAUCGACGGUGAUGUCGGUGGUGGUGUUGGUUGCCGGAGCUCCGGUGUAUAGGUACCAGAAGGCAACGGGGAGUGCUUUGAGUAGGUUUGUGCAGGUGGUGGUGGUUGCAUGGAGGAAUCAUUGGAAGGGAGUUGGGGUUGUGAGGGUGGAGGAGUUGUAUGAAGUUAAGACUAGGGAGUCUGUUAUUGUUGGUGCUAGAAAAUUAGGGCAUACAUCUCAAUACAGUUUCUUGGACAAGGCAGCAGUUAUAACAGACCUUCAUGAUCCACAAAACACAAGCAAAUGGAGACUAUGCACAGUAACACAAGUAGAAGAACUCAAGUCCUUCAUCAGAGUCCUCCCAAUCUGGGCUUCAACCAUUGCUCUCUCCAUCUCCUUCGCUCAACUCUCCACCUUCUUCAUCACCCAGUCCACCACCAUGGACCGAAAACUUGGCAAUCACUUCCUUAUCCCCCCGGGAAGUGUCGCUGUCUUCGCCGCCCUCAACGGCCUUCUCCUCGUCCCUCUCUACGAAUCCAUUGUAGUUCCCAUUCUCCGUCGCAUUACAGGCCAUCGCCGUGGCAUCACUUCACUCCAACGCAUCGGUGUCGGUCUCUUCAUCUCCAUCUUUGCCAUGGCUUCUGCUGCCAUCAUAGAAAGCAAAAGACGACAUAAUCAAGACUCAUUAAAAAUGACUGUUUUCUGGUUACUGCCUCAGUUUUUCCUCAUCGGUUCGGCUGAAAUAUUUACUUACGUAGGUCAACUGGAGUUUUUCUAUGAUGAGGCAACUGAUGGAACAAGGAGUUUAAGUAGUGCAAUGUUUUUGAGUGAGAUUGGAAUUGGGAGUUGGUUGAGCACUGCACUGGUGAAGAUCAUUGAGAGAGUGACAGGGGGAGUGGAAAAGGGGUGGUUGAGAAAUAGUCUUAAUGUGAGCAGGCUUGAUAAGUUUUACUGGGUUUUGUGUGCUAUUAAUGCUGUUAAUUUUGUGGUUUAUGUGUUUGUUGCAAUGGUUUAUAGAGGGAGGGAGGAGUCCCAUGCAAAUGAUGCAAAGGUGGUGGAUGAAUUUAGUGUUGUUGGACGUGGGGGUGAUGAGGAAGAGUUGGAGACUAAGUGGGAUAACUGAGAAAAGGUGGUGGUUUGUUUGGAAUAUUGUUUGGUUGUGUUGUUUAGAAUAAUGUAAUGUUUAUGUUUUGAUUGUGAUUUGUAAAUUGAGAUUGAUAACAUUUGUUUGAAUUAUAAUGUUUGAUCGUUUGGGUAUUUAUAAAA